GACCCCGGAUCCUUGGAAGUUUCCCAGGUUCGAAUUUCGACGAAUCCAAACACGCUCCCCACCAACGAGACACUAAGACACUAAGACACUAAGACACCAACUCUCCAACCUUGACGCGCCUGAAUUGCCAACGAAUCCUCCUCUAGUCAACAUUCCACAGUCAAUCGCAAUUAUUCAUUCAUGGCGGUAAACGUCGCAUCGCAUUGAACCUUCAAUCUUAAAUACCCAAAUGUCCACAUGUCACCAUCCAGAUUGCCCCUAAUGGAGACUUCAGAUAAUAACGCGACCUCUUCUCCCGCGUCCGCCCCCGACGUUUCGCGACGAAGAUCCGGACGCGUUGUGAGAGCCCCUCAGAAAUUCUCUCCUGAACCACAAAACGAAGUUGCCUCGUCCAAGCGCAAGAGAGGUCCUGAUCGCGACGAGGAAGAUGCCGAGAACGAAUCUCCUGCCGAGGAAGAGGAUGAAGAAUUAAGCGAUCCCGACGAAGAUGACGAUGGUGAAGAGGAACCGGCUUCUAGAUCCAAGAAGUCUAAAUCAAAGCAAAAAUCUCGUUCCAAGAAGCCAGCAGCCAAGCGCACGAAAGUAAAUGGCAGCGCUCCCGUGGAUGCUGUGUCCGCAUCCAAUGCGCCUGCUGUUAGGCUUCCAAACAGACCAAAGAAGACGGUUAGAGUCGCCAUUGCUCACCCAGACGGAGAUGGCCUUUAUGUUGACGUGUUCGGUUCUGGCGAUUCUUCCGACAAUGUUGCUACGCAUUGGUUCCAGCGUUACGAGCAAGAUGACGCCAAAGCAUUGACCGAUGUUAUUAACUGCGUUUUGCUUGCAGCCGGCUGUGACCAACAGUUGACUGAGGACGAUAUUCGAGACCCCGAUAACUCCGCAAAUAGAUUGUCGGAACUUGAGGAUGCUUAUCAGCAGACUAGUAUUUCAGAUUAUCCUCUUAUCUCGAGGGCGAAGAGUAGCAAAAAUUUUCGUGAACUUCUCGUUGGCUUCUUCGAGUCUUUGGUCAAGGUUCUUCACGAGACCGAUGUCCUUUACAACGAUGAAGACCUGUUAGACAAUAUCCAGCGAUGGGUUGGCAUUAUGUCGUCUUCUUCGCUACGCCCCUUUAGACAUACGGCAACGACUGUAGGGUUAGCAAUUCUCACCGCGCUGAUUGCGGUAGCGAAGUCGCUUGAUGAACGAAUUACGAAGUCCAACCAAGCUCUGCAGGCCGAGUCUAGCCGUCGAGGCAAGAACAAGCAUCUCGUUGAGAAUACGAGAAAAGCUAUCGAGGCUGCAAACCGUAGCCGCGAAUUCGUUGAUGGAAAAGUGAAGGAUCUGUUCGACAUUGUUUUUGUUCACCGAUACCGUGAUAUCGACCCCAAAAUCCGUGCCGAGUGCAUCGAAGCGCUUGGUACCUGGAUUUGUACCCUUCCAACUGUGUAUAUGUCCCCUGAGUACUUGCGAUACUUAGGAUGGCUGCUAUCUGAUGUUUCGGUUUCUACCCGGCUAGAAGUUCUGAAGCAAUUGGCGCGAGUCCUGAAACGAGAUGCUGAGAAGUUGGCCCAUUUUAUCGACAGAUUCAGGCCCCGUCUGGUCGAAAUGGCAACUAAAGACUCUGAUGUCUCCGUACGUGUUGCUGCGAUUGGAGUCGUCGAUAUCCUCCGUGCGUCGGGUAUGCUCGAGCCCGAGGAAGUAGACUCUGUUAGUAAACUGCUCUUCGAUUCUGAAUUGAGGAUUCGUAAAGCUGUUGUUGGUUUCUUCUCGGCACUGGUUCAGGAGUUGAUUGAUAAUAAAAUAGAUGAUAUUGGUGGCAGCGAUGCCCUAGAAGAAGUAUUCGGAGAUGACGAAGGGGACGAUUAUGAUUCUCUGCGGAAGGAUUGGAUUAAUAUCAAAGCCCUCGCGGAGAAUCUUGCCGUCUACGAUGCUCAACUAGAUGAUGAGCAAGAAGAGAUACGUCACGGAUUGGACGUAGCGGCAGAUGUGGUUAACGCCAAUGUGCCAGACUCGCGAAUUGCGCUGGCGACUCAGGUGCUCUACGAGAAAAUACCAGAAAUAAGCAACUGGCAGAUUCUUGCUGGGUACUUAUUGUUUGAUCACUCGACUAGCGCCAAAUCCCGACAAAGUUCGAAGACAAACUCGGUUGAGGCGGCUACGAAGAAAGCCGUAGCUCCCGACUCUCGAGAGGAGGUUAUCUUGCUUGAGGUUCUCGCAGCUGCAGUAAAGGAGGGCCUUCUGCCAUCAGCAGAGCACGACCGACAUAAAAAGAAGACUGGCAGGCUUGACACAGAUGCGCAGGAUGAUGCUGGCAUAAAAUUGGCCUCGCUCAUCCCCCGUCUUUUGAGCAAGUUCGGAUCAGACCCCGCGAUGGCCGCCACUGUACUACGACUGGAGCAUUUCCUUGACCUGGAAGUGUUCCAACAGCUGCGUCAAAACUCGGCGACAUACGAUAAGCUCCUCGAUGAGAUUACAACUCAGUUCAACCGUCAUGUUGAUCAGGGACUUCUCAACGAGGCAGCCACCGCGUUUAUCCACGCUCGACAAUACGAGGAGCUCGAGGAAUUGACCGACAAUAAACUAGCAAUACUCUGGGACAAUUCACUCAACUCCCUGCGAGGUAUAGACAAAAUUUGUGAAUUGUCUGCUCGACUAAAUCUGGAUCGGACAACGCUUUCCGAACUUUCGCAAAUUCUAAUGAAGAUAAGCAAGUUAGUCGCGAUAUCUGACUGCGUCGACGUCCUUGAAACACCGGGGACAUCUCGAGACUCUGACCAACCAGCUAUCAAGAUUCUCACCGGCAUUGUGCAUCGUGGUCUAUUGACAGAGUCGAACGAAGAACUUGAUGACCCCGAGGACGAAAUUGUCGCUUUUGCUAUAAAAGCAUGCCAGUUCUACUUUAUGUGGAAAGUAAAGAGAUUACGAAGUAUUGUCGAGAGCGAUGAAGAUAUACCUGAUGGCGAUGUCGAUCAGCUGGUCAUCUUACGCAAAGACUUUGUCACGAACCUUAUACAGACAUUUUCUUCUCGAGGUUUCAACGAUGACCUUCGUCUUUAUGCCGUCGGGACAGCUUGUGACCUCUGUGGGUUAUUCGUUUUCCUUCGACCUGUGAUUCAGGACCCGCAAGCCACCAAGUACAAGAAGCUACGUCCUCUCCUCGAGGAAAUGCCCCAAGCUCUGAUCACCCAGGAGAUUAUACCGAUAUUUGAUGCGGCGGAGCGUGCAUAUGCGAAGCGGGCUAACAAGCCAUUGAAUGAACCCGUAGACGAUGAAGAUCCUCUAGACGACGAGCUACCACCCGAGGACGACGAGGAUGAGGAACUCACGGAGCAGGAGCGUUUCGCGGCCGAGCUGAAGGCCGAGAAGAUCCUUUGUGAGCUCACCGGCAAACUCGUCCUUGCCAUCUUAGCCAAGACCAUCGACCACAGCGGACCAGACGCAGGGAAGCUACGGAAACGCCUCAAUCGCAACAAGACGAAGCUCGGAAACAAUUACAGGGAUAUCGUAGCAUACUUAGACGAAGAUCACCUCCGCGAGCUGCGAGACGGGAAGAAGAAGCCUACAGCUAAGACCAAAGGCAAGGAAGCGGCCAAGAAACCAGCCCUGAGUGCGGAGCUGGUGAUCGAGGAUGACGAUGACGACGAGAACCCGAGGGUAGACGAUCCGUUCGAUGAACCGGAACCUGAGCCCGAAGAGGGCACCGUCGAAGAUCUAAGGCAAAGGGAGCUGCUCGACGAUCCCAUCGAAGACGACGAGGAAGAGGAGAGACCGGCGGGUGAGCCGAUGGAGGACGACGACGUGAUCGGGGAUUAAAUACCUACCUGCCUGAUAAUGAGAAUAGCUAAGCUAAGCUAAGCUAAGCUUGGCUGGCUGGCGGUAAUGAAAUGACCUUUUUUACUACUCUAUACUACCUUUAUUCGUGUACCUACUUUAUGGCUUGGACGGGAAACAUGGAACGAACUUACGGAACGCGCGUGCAAAGGUGGAGGGGAGAUCCCUAGAGUUGAUUGAUACGAUUCACCGUGACGUACGUACGUGGAGCGGGCUGGAGUCGCUGCGAAUGACCUUUUAUUUUUGUUUGAUUAAUCCGACUCCUUUUUCUAUCUGUUUCGUCUCCCGAGUGCUCGAGAGGAGAGGAGAGGGCGAGAUGCAUGCAGGCGGAUUUGUAGUUAGGUAUGAUGGAUAGUACUUGCAGGAGGAGAAAAUGGGUUGCUUGAUUCCCCCUUCUUCGACUUUGAAUUGUGUUUGCUUGUGAAUUUGGCAGAAGUUAAUAAUGCUAUGAUAUCGUCACCAAGACACGUGAGCUCAGGUAGCAAUAGGGAUUACUAUACGUUCGUCCAUAUUUUAUUAAGGCUUAAUUGGAUGCUAGUAGAGUAGUAAUGCCACUUACUAUCUCGUACGAUCCUCUCCUAUUUGAGUUUGCAUUUCUUUUGGUUAUCACAGAGUUCAGGCAGUCAAGUUCGGUUGGAUGUGAA